CAAAGUGGGCGGUGUCCUUCUAAGCUAGGCAAGAGAGUUCCGCAGCGGUAGGAAGCAUGGAAGGAUGUUUCAGACGGCUGGGUCAAUUCACUUUUGGCUUAAUUACGCAGCCGGCUGCAAGUAGGCUAAGCCGCUGCGGUGGACGAAAGAUAAGCCAGCUGACAUGGAGCCACCGUGAGAGCGUCCUGCAUAGAUUGGAAUCGGCGGCUGGCAUCGGUCGCCUUUGCCCUCCAGGCUAUCCAAAAAACAGGAGACAAAUCGUUCGCCACUUUUGCACAGAUGAGGAUCAUAAUGUCUCCUGUCAACAGCUCAAAGAUUUGUUGGCAUCAAAGGCCAUCCAGCUUAUUGAUGUUAGAGAAAAAUCGGAAAUUGCAGAGCAUGGAAAAAUUCCUGGCUCAAUCAAUAUUCCAUUGGGAGAAGUUAUGGAAGCUUUACAGAUGGACCCAGUAUAUUUUAAAGAGAAAUACAAUCAAGAUAUGCCUUCUAAAUCAGAUCACAUAGUGUUUUCCUGUUAUAUUGGAGUGAGAAGCAAACAGGCUCUAACUGUUGCAAAAUCAUUGGGUUACAGAAGAGUUCAGCAUUUUCCUGGUGGCUUCAAAGAAUGGCUGGAGUGUGGAUCUUCAAAGAAGAAAUGAUAUCUAGAAUACACAAACUGUAGGUGUUCUGAAAAUGCAGAGAGGGUGAUAGCUAAUUCUAUUUAAUAAAGUGCAUCAAGGUAUAAAAGGCGUCUAGGCAUAUUAAGACAUGGUUAUUUUGCCAACAAAGAAAAACCACUGAGAUACGCUUCAAAUGUUUAGCCUGGAUAACAUGGAAAUUUUUGUUUAAAUUUUAAAACUAAUUGAAAUAGAUUUAAGAAACUUACAACUGUUCAUUACAAUACAUUUAGUAAUAAGUAAUAUUUAAGUAAAAUAAAGUGGAAUUAAGUUAGCUAUUUAUUAAUCAAAAUUUAUAUAGCUGCCCAUUAUAUGAGAAAUAUUUAUCUCUGGACAUGAAACAAAAAUAUACUAUGUCAGCCUCAUGAUGCUUGCUUGCUUUCAGCUGCCAUUGUAACGGGAAGGGGGAGGUAUUGUAGGUAUUUGGGAGUGGGGGGAAGUGAGCUGGUGGAGAUGUCUCGGAAAAGGAAGGAAAAUUCUCAGUCUUUUUAGCAGCUGCGGAGAGAGCUGAUAACUGUCAAGGUCAACCGUCCCAGCAUACCAGAUAGAUGGGGCCGCCUAAAGAAGUACCCCACAUGACACCUUGGGGGGGAUGUGGAUUGGACAUUCAACCUUGGACUGGGAGGGGAGGGAUUUGGGGGAUUCCAAAUCCCUUGGGGGUUUUCAAUAUGUAAUUUUCGCACUUAUUGCCUCAAACUUUGCUUUUCUUUCACUGCAUUCAGUUCAUACUCAGUAAAAGUACCUUUCUCUACAAA